AUGGUCCGACUUCUGCCUCUCACUCUCACCCUCGGCGCCUCUGCACUGGCAACCGAGCGCGUAGGCUAUGUCGACUGCGGGAGUAAAUGCAUGCCACCUGGCAACAGCUGUUGCGGGGAUGGCAUCUACUGUCGACCAGGCACCUACUGCGUCGUUAACGGCUGCUGCCCGAUCGGUGAAGUUUGCACCGGGCCUGGGGGCACCAUUACCGAAUGGUUCGACGUCACUACUACAGCGACCCUGACCGGCACUACCACCGUUACCGACGAUGUUGAGCCCACUGAAGCGCCGCCGGAGGACUCCACUACCACUGCCACCUCGUCUACCAGCUCACGGCCGGGUAUCCCCACGUCGAGCGAGUCCCAGCCGACCCAGUCGCCGACCGAGUCUACUCCGGUGCCUCCUGUCUUCACCGGCGGCCAAUCUGGCUUGCGCCCGGGCGUUGGUGCUGUUGCAGGCCUUAUCGCUGGAGCCGUCUUGCUAUAA